AUGACUGGUAGCAAUGAGCCUCACAAUAAGCCUUGCACAGGGUGUAAGAUAGGACCCAUAGUCUUUGCAUGUACAUUAAACCCCUCUCAUAUUUUCUUAAAAUUAUUUUUAUCUGCAGAAUCCAGAAAGAAUGCAUUCCCAGCCCCCUCUCAUCAAUCAGCCUCUCGUCGAUCAGCCUCUCGUCUCCGGUUUCUUACAGUCCGAGCUACAGCUGGAGACACGGUCAUCCUGCCCUGCUACCUCCCACCUGAGAUCAGUACAGAGAUCAGAGAGUUCAGGUGGUUUAAGGGGACAGACUGUGUGCUCCAGAGACGAUUCAGUGAGGAGAAUGAGGGAGCUGAGCAAAUAUGGAUGAUGCUAUUUAAAGGAGAGCUGAAUCUGACCCUGAAAGACGUUAAAGUCACUGAUUCUGGACAAUACAGAUGUGAAAUUCUAGCAGAGAAGAAAGAGGAAAUUGCAGUGAUUCAUUUGCAUGUAGCUGAGUUUAAACUCGUCUCCAGCUCAGAAGAUGUUGGAAAGCCGUCUAAUAUUCAACCUUUCGGACACACAUCCAAAAAACUACACUAUCCAGGUUUUGGAGAUUCAUAUGACGUGUUUUAUGGUGAUGAUGUUACACUGCCCUGUUUCCUCUCUCCUGAAACCAGUGCUGUUACCAUGGAGAUCAGGUGGUUUAAAGGUGCAGACUGUGUUUACCUGUAUCAGAAUGGUCAGGUGACAGAGGGGCGGGGCUACGAGGGCAGAGUGAGUGUGGUCACUGAUGAUCUGCAGAGAGGAAACGUGUCUCUGAAUCUGAGAGAUGCUCAGAGGUCAGAUAGUGGAGAGUACAGGUGUGAGAUCACUGAUGGAGAAAAGAAGGUGGAGAACAAUGGAGUUCGUCUGCGUGUUUUUAAACUGUUCUCUCAUCCAGGAAGCUUUAAAAUUCCUCAGACUCGUCCAGUCAACGUUCAUGUUGGAGAAACUGUUACUUUACAGUGUUACCUCACACCUCGAACCAGUGCUGUUACCAUGGAGAUCAGGUGGUUUAAAGGUGCAGACUGUGUUUACCUGUAUCAGAAUGGUCAGGUGACAGAGGGGCGGGGCUACGAGGGCAGAGUGAGUGUGAUCACUGAUGAUCUGCAGAGAGGAAACGUGUCUCUGAAUCUGAGAGAUGCUCAGAGGUCAGAUAGUGGAGAGUACAGGUGUGAGAUCACCCGGGGAACAAACAAGAUGGAAAGUGAUGGAGUUCACCUGCGUGUAACAGAGUUUAUACUGGUGUACAGAUCUGAGGAUGUUGGAAAACGCGAUCGACGUCAAUCCUCCCCCCAUGUUGUCUUCACCUUUGCAGGUUAUGAUAUUACUCUGCCCUGUUACCUCUCUCCUGAAACCAGUGCUGUUACCAUGGAGAUCAGGUGGUUUAAAGGUGCAGACUGUGUUUACCUGUAUCAGAAUGGUCAGGUGACAGAGGGGCGGGGCUACGAGGGCAGAGUGAGUGUGAUCACUGAUGAUCUGCAGAGAGGAAACAUGUCUCUGAAUCUGAGAGAUGCUCAGGAGUCAGAUGAUGGAGAGUACAGGUGUGUGAUCACUGAUGGAGAGCAGAAGGUGGACACUGAAUUAUUUUGUAAGAUUCUUUUCACUUUUCACAACUUACAGAUUUAUACAUUAUCAGUACAUUUCACAUAUCUUAUAUCAGUGUCUUACAAAAGUAUUCAUACCCCUUGAACCUUUUCACAUUUUGUCUCCUGACAACCACAAACGUGUGUAUUUUAAUGAGAUUUUAAGUUAUAGGCCAACACAUAGUAGCACAUAAUUGUGAAGUGAAAUCAAAAUGACACGUUUUUCAAAAUUUAAAUAAAAUAAAAAGGUGUGAUGUGCAGAAGUAUUUAGUAUUCUAUAUAUCAACACUCAGUAGAACCAACUUUCACUGCAAUUACAGCUGCAAGUCUUGGGGCAAGUUUUGGGGUUUGUCUCUACCAGCUUUAAUCUUCUAGAGCAGAGGUCACUAAUAGGCGGACCGCGGUCCGGGUCCGGACCCAGACGUUGUCCAAUCCGGACCCAAACUGAUAAACUACUGAGAAGGAUGUAAUUCUGACAGUGUUCAUUUAAAGUGAUGGAACGUUUAUUGUAUUUAUGGUAAACGUGCUUUACAGCGCAGUAAACUCACAGACCAAUCACGUGUGCUGUAAGAUCACCAAACGCUCUCCUCAGCCAAUCAGAUCUGUGCAGAUGCGAGAGUGCGGAGCCACACAGGUGAUGCAGACGGUGAGAAGUGGCGAGAAAAGCUAAUACAUAUGGUGCACACCAGAAAAUAAACAUUAAAAUACUACAUUUAUAUAACAUAUUAACAGUAAUGUAACCGAGUGGUGUUACUUGGAGGAAUUAAAGAGAAACAACCGAGACAAGAGUCCAAAAUAUUCCACUUUACUCCACCUGAUCAGAACUCCUCAGCAAGAAAUAAAACUCCCUCUCUCGCAGGCGCACUCUCCCCACUCCCAAAACAACCCUAUCUUAAAACUACAGCAACCCACAGGGGACAAAAAGCAUUGGCAACUUCCCCCAUCAGUUUUACCCACAACAUAAUUAAGUCUGAUACAGUAAUAAUAUAAAAUAAAAUAAAACUGCUGUUUUUUAAAAAAAAGCUGAUAUUUUGGCCAAGUUCAGCAAACAUUUCUCCAUAUAUUGUGUGAUUUGUCAUUCAUGUAUUUAUCAUGACAGGCCUAAAUCUAAUAUAAAUAAAAUUAAAUAGAAUAAAUAUAGCAUUUUAAAACAAAGUUAACAUACAGAUUCACAUUAAUAGACUCGAUAAGUUCAGGGUGUUUCCAUAUAUUUUAUGAUAGGUUGAUAAUGUAAUUAUUGUGACAGGCCUAUUAAAAACAAUACAUAUGUAAGAAAGAGGCAUAUGCCGCCAACCACCAGCAGAGGGCCUGGACACUGCAGUGGAGGAGCUGGUGGAUCUGGGGCAAAAAACUCCAAGUCCCAGAAUCCCCAGCGGUAAUUAGUUCAAAUCAGGCUCAGCUGUGAACACAGCUUAAAAACCCCAGCCAAACCUCAGUUCACCGUCACACCUGUGUAGAGGGGUGACCGGUAACAGUGGGUACAAAAGAAAAAGAUUAGAAAGAAAAGAACUCUUAAAAGAAGCCACAAAAAAAGAAAAGAUCUUAAAAGAAAUAAAGGCUCACAAAAAAAAAAAAUAUUGAAAGAAGCCACAAAAAAAGAUCUCAAAAGAAACAAAGGCUCACAAAAAAAAGAGAGAGAUCUUAAAAGAAGCCGCAAAAGAGAGAGAAAAGAUCUCAGUUUAUUUUUGAAGUUUUUAUUUUCAAGAAUUCUUUCCUAAGUUUCUUAAAGUUUGAGUUAAUUUCCUUUGUUUGAGCCAUGCCAUGUGGCAGCAGAUCCUUUGUUUGAUUUUCCCGCCCUUUUUCUUCACUGCCACAUUUAAGGCCCUCAUCCAAAGCCACUGCACACACUCUAAGUAGUGCAGUGGUAGCACACCCGUCUGCAGUUACAAAGGUUGGGAGUUCAAACCCCGGUUCAAGCACACCAUCAAACCAACUGCACACACAUACAGACACAUCAGUAAUAUCAAAUAUAAUACUACCAAUAAAUAAUAAGACUAAUAAAUAAGCAAAUAAAAAUAAAUAAA